UCUUUUGUGCAGUAUCCCUAUUGGAAAAAAGCCGGUUACAUUUUAGUUUCGGCACAUGUUUCAGUGAAAGAAAAUUUGCGUUAGCAUUAACAUUGCAUUUUAUAAGCCUUUCUUGUUUCGAAAAAAAAAAAUGAAUCAAUUAUCUGCACUUAAGCCAAAAACCAUUGUGUUUGAAACAUUCAAAGAAUUUCGAAUGCGCAGAUGGAUUGAUGCCAAUGGUGGCGGUUUAUCAAUUCGAAACGAUUCGCAUAUUUACUAUUUGCCAUCGUCAAUCACUUCAAGUCUACCGAAACGCCAAGAUGUGCAGAAAAAAACCAUGAGCACGGAUGAAACGAUGGAUGUUUGUGCCGGAAAGUUUGAUCUGCCGCCCGGGAUGCAAAAUGUCACAGCCGUUGUUCAUACUCACUCGAUAAAUGCCAUCCGAUUUGCUGAAACUACUUCAAACGGUGUACAUACCUGGGUAAAAAGUCAUCACACUCAGGGAAUUAAUCGUCGAGUUCAAGGUGGCAAUACGGAUGAGAUACAACUGCCUGUCAUAGAUGACCAUUUCUCUGAUGAUGAACUUCUCAAAUCCAUGGAGAACGCUUUCAAAGACCGCCAACAUUCAUACAGCGUUCUAGUUAAAGGACACGGUUUGUUUACUUUUGGUGAGACUUGGCAAGCUGCAAAACGAGAAUGUGAAGUCUUUGAGAAGUUGUUCGAGAUGCCUGAGAUUUAAAGGAUAGGAUAAUUCAAAACACGAAUACUUGCCAAACAUAAAAUCUUCAAUUUUCGCUUAACUAAAGUUUCUGAUCAAUAAAUACAAGUUUUAUACUGUUGUUUUUCCAAUCAAAGAUUCGUUUUUUAAAUACAAAAUGAAAAUAUUAAAUGCUUCGCAUUUGAAUAACGGACGAGUGCUUCAUUCAAAUAACGUAAAUCAUGUAAGACUCAUGCGUGAUUUUAGUCAUAUAUGUACAGUACAUAUACAUGCACAUCUACACGUACCAACACAAACAGAGAACGAAAUGUCAAGCAAAAUAAAACAAUAUGAAAGCAAAGCCUCAACAUACGUCUAGUGUGAGUAAGAAGUAGCACAUCUGCUUAAAUUCCAGUUCAAAUAACAAUUGUGUUAAAUCGAGAUUUUGUUUCGUAAAAGUAUCAAGUAUUUUAAGACUUGUUCUUUCAUUCCCCGGUUGAAAAAAUCAGCAUAAAAAUGGAAUCCAUCGCAUGUUCAAACUCACAUACAGGAGACUACAAUUUAUCCAGUGUUCCAGAACCAUUGAACCUCACAAGCGUUAAUGAUGAUGUUAAGAUAUUGAUUUUCGAGUAUUUAGAAUGGCCAGAUCUACUAAGGGUAGCGGAAACGAGUAAAACACUACAUGCAGCAGCUUGCGAUGUCUACAAACGAAAAUACGGCAAAGGAACAUUGUUUUUAUUACGUGAACGCGGUAGUCCAAACGGAGAACAAGAUAUCUGUUUGUGGAAUCCUGUGUGGACAUUAAAAUUUUUAAGGAAUUUUGGACAUGUCACUUCGCACAUAGUUUUGCGAUUAGUACAUCGCAUUGGUGCUUAUGGAUAUGAAUACAACAAGACUACAGCUGCCUUAGUAUUUCACAUUGAGAGUUAUGUGGAAAAAUAUUGUUCAAAAUCCAUAAGACGACUUGGACUGGACUCACCGCCAAAGUUUUUAUUCAAAGAAAUCCAAACCUCAUUCAUAAAUUUGGAAAACAUCGCAUUUUAUUAUUAUUAUCCUUUAUGUGAAGUGUCAUUCAGCAAUUUCCCAAAUUUAAAAUCUAUAGAAUUGCAUUUGAGUUGGAGAGAAUCCAAUCUCAUUUGCAUCCCAAACGUGAAAAUUUUUCAUAUUGAAGCACGGAAAAAUAUUCAAAGCUUAGGUUUAAAUUAUGAAGAAAACGAAAUCAAAGAACUUUUAAAACUCAAUCCACAAAUAGAAGAUUUGAAACUACGUAUUGAGAAUACACAAUCAAUACACGGACUCUUCAAAUACAGCGAUAUCAUUUUUCAGGGUUUGAAUGAAAAUCUGCCAAUGCUACGGCGCUUAAAUUUGGAUAUGAAUAUUGAUGAAAAUUUUCGAUCAUAUCAUUUCGACAAUGUCAUCGAUUUUCAAUUUAAUUCGUAUCCCAAACUUAUAAAUAUUCCGUUUACAUUUAGCAAACUUGAACGCUUCACAUGCUCCUUACACCUCAAGGACACAAUAGAAUCGUGUGUUUUUGAUUUUAUAGCUGCGAAUGAAUGCUUAAAAUCAAUAACGUUGGACGGAGUAAUGGAUGGAAUCGAUAAUCUAUUUCAACUAAACACUGUGCUCACUAGUGUUGAAGAAAUGAGCAUUAAAAUUUGUCGAUGUAAUUCGGUGUCUAUAACUUCGGAUCUUAUCCUCAAUUUGUUCUCACAGAGUCAAUCUCUCAAGAGGUUAACAUUGACUGCCUAUCCGAGAAACUUUGAAAACUUGGAUGAUUCCGUGAAAUCGAAAAUUGUCCAGCAAGAAAAAGAUACAUAUCGCAAACACCAAGUCAUGGGAGGUGGUUGGCUCAAAUUAACGUUUCGACCCUAAAAUGGACAUGGAUUAUUACACAUAUUGAUGUUUUCUUUAAAAAAAAAAAUUGUAAUGAAAAAUAAAAUUCCACUUUUCUCCUAAA